AUGGAGAAACUCAAAUCAGCAAUCCCACAAACCCUAAAUCUCUCAAUUUCACAAAGCAAUCCUCAUACUCUCCCAACUACUUGCUCCGCCCUCUAUGAUUUCCUUAAUCAGUUGCCCCAAUUUCACCAAAUGCUCGAAGAUUUAGCGCACAUGGAAACAUCACUGUUUCUCAAGACCAAGAAAUCUGCUUUGGAAUUUAAGCUCAAGGGAAACAACUGCUUCUCCAAUGGGGACAAUUCAAAUGCUAUGCGUUUCUACACACAGGCUCUACGAGCUGCCCCAAGAGAUGCGGAUGACAUGGGUAAAAAUCUAGUGGCAACACUAUACGUGAAUCGUGCAGCUGUAUUACAGAAAAUGGGUCUUGCGGUGGAGUGUCUACAGGAUUGCAAUCGGGCUCUUGCAAUUAGUAGAAGUUACUCAAAGGCCUGGUAUAGAAGAGGUAAGGCGAACAUUUCUAUGGGAAAUUAUGACGAUGCAGUUUGUGACUUGAAAGUUGCACUAUGCAUGGAGCAGUCUUUAAGUGGAAAGCGGCAGAUAGAAGGCGAGCUUAAGCUUAUAUCAGAUCAUGAUAAUGGGAAAAACUUUCCACCAGAUGUAGCUAAAUACAAGGAGUCUGACAUCCAUGAUCAGCCACAACAAAUACAGUUGCAGUGCGUUUCAACGGAAAUGAAAGGAAGGGGCAUGGUGCCUCUGACUGACGUACCUCAAGCCACAUUGUUUCAUACAGAGGAGCCCUAUGCUGCGAUAGUAUCGAAGCAUUGCCGGGAAACUCAUUGCCAUUUCUGCUUCAAUGAACUACCAGCAGAUAUUGUUCCAUGUCCAUCAUGUUCACUGGGUCUGUAUUGCUCGCACUUGUGCCAAAUACAUGCCAUAGGGAAACAUUUACAAUGCAAUGUGAAGAAUCAGGAAUUUGGUGUUGAUUUGGCUAGUUAUCUUGAGAAGUAUGUUGAGAGUGUUACUAAUACAAGUAUUGCCGGCGUGCAUGUCGAGCAAAUUGGGGAGCAUAAACAUGAAUGUGGAGUAAAUUGGCCUGCAGCAUUACCAACUGAAAUCGUUUUGGCUGGUCGAGUUAUAGCGAAGUCCAUAGCGCAACUUAGGUGUGUUGGUGAAUCUUCCCCCAUUGUGAAUUUGGAGCUUUGUCACAAUUAUGUACAACUUGGUCCAGAAGGUAAAUUGGAGUUACACAUAUCUUCCAUCAUUCUGUUGCAGUGUCUCCACCAUUCUUACGGCUCCGAUGUUCCGUUAAAUGGGGAAACUAUUUCACAUUGUGUAUUACUACUUUCACAGAUCAAGGUGAAUUCAAUGGCAAUUGUCAAGAUGAGAUCUUCUGAUUCAGUUGGUCCUCUGAGUUCAGCUGGGAAUCAUACAACUAACACCGUGGAACAGGUGAGAGUUGGUCAAGCUAUUUAUUUGGCUGGUAGUUUGUUCAAUCAUUCUUGCCAGCCAAACAUCCAUACAUAUUUCCUUUCUCGAACCCUCUGUAUACGAGCAAUAGAUUUUGUGGUUGCAGGUCAUCCACUUGAGCUUUCAUAUGGGCCGCAGGUUGGCCUGUGGAGUUGUAAGGAGCGUCAAUCGUCAUUAAAAGAGCAAUAUGCCUUUGUAUGUUCAUGCACCAGCUGUUCACGAUUAAACCUAUCUGACCUUGUCAUAAAUUCUUUCCGGUGUGUGAAUUCAAAUUGUUCGGGUGUAGUCUUGGAUAGUUCUGUGGUCAAUUAUGAAAAACAGAAAGUCAACCCCUUUAGUUGUGGUUUACCUCUUCAGGUUGGUAAGCUCAAACAUGAUGAGGUCAAGAGAGUGGCGAGUCUUUUGUGCACAGAAACUGGUUCGGCUCAUCAGAUUGAACCUGGGUUUUGUUUGAGCUGUGGUGCCUAUCGCAAUCUGGAAACUUCAAAUGCAGCAAUCAAAGAGGCUGAGAUUUGUGUUAGAAGGUGGGAGGAUUCAUUAGAUUCUGCUGAAGUGCCUUCCAAUAUAGUUUCAAAAGCUUUGGGAUCUUUAGAUCUUCUAAAAUCAACACUGCAUCCAUACAACAAGAAGCUUGCUAAGGUGGAGGAUUAUCUAGCACAGGCGUUUUGUUCAAUUGGAGAACUACAACGGGCAGGCCACUAUUGUCAAUCAUCCAUCAAGAUACUAGAGAAGCUUUAUGGUGACGACAACAUUGUGAUCGGCAAUGAGUUGGUGAAACUGGCAUCCAUUCAACUGUGUUUGGGUGAUCCUGUUGUCGAACAAACGAUCAAUCGGAUCAAUUCGAUAUUUUCACGACAUUAUGGGUCACAUGUAAGUAUCUUGUUCCCCCACCUACAGUUCCUAAAGAGACGCCUCUAGAGUUGUUCGAUAAGAUGGCUGGAAACUGGUAGAUAUGCUUUACAGGAAAACAUUAUCGUUUCCAUGCUUCUUGUAGUUGUAUGUAUCUCAAUUCACAUCUUAGGUGUUGAACUUGUGACUGAAUGGUUGAUAGAUUAGCUGAACUUGUGACUGAAUAAUUCAUAGACUGGCUUUUUGGGA